AUGUCAGACAAUCAAGCCAUACUCGAGGAGGAAUUCGAGGUACUGGAGUCCAUCUUUCCUGAUGAGCUCGAGAAGCUCGGUGAAUCUUCCGUGAGAAUACGAAUCGAGCCCGAAGAGCCAUCAGCAUCACAUCCACUCUCCCUAUAUCUCAAUGUCGACUAUCCAGCCGAAUACCCAGAUGUCAUCCCCGAGCUCGCUUUGGAGCCAAUAGAUGAGGAGUCAGGCGAAUUGAGGGAUGGGGAGGAGGAACGGAUAUUGAGAGAGCUGCGGACUAUCGCUCACCCGAUGCAGGCGGAAGAGAGUCUGGGUAUGGCAAUGACCUUCACAGUUGCAUCUGCCGCCAGGGAGAUCCUCGCUGUGGUCGUUGGCGAAAGAUGGAAGAAGGAGAGGGACGAAGAGGACAGGAAGGCAGCGGAGUAUGAAGAAAAAGAGGCAGCACGGACAAGAGGUACCCCACUCACACCCGCGACGUUCAACGACUGGCGGAAGGAGUUUAUGGCCGCCCUCAAAGCCAAGCGGGAGAGGGAAGAGGAAGACAGGGUCAAGGCGCUGCCGCCAAAGGAGAAGGAGGAGUGGAAACGUCGCAGAGAUCGCUUGAGUGGUCGACAACUGUUCGAACAGUCCAAGGCACUCGCCACGUCCGACGAGGCAUUGUAUGAGGAAGGCGCAGCAGAGGUCGAUUUCAGCCAAUACUCGCGUGAGCAGCGAGAAGCAGAUCGGCGGAGAGCAGAGGAGGAGGAGGAAAAUAGGAGAAGAGGGCUGGUCGCGGACGAUAGUGAUAACGAGUAG